AUGUCAUACUUCUGGCACGAGCCAUACUGGUUGCCUCGUAACGUCACUUGGCCAGAGAUUCCAUCGAAAUUCGCCGAUCUUCUCGUCCCCAUUUAUCUGGCAAUUCCAUUGGUUAUUAUCAGAAUAAUCUGGGAAUCGACAGUCGGUGUGACGUAUCUCUAUUUCCGAACGAAUGCAUACGCCUCACGAAAGAAUAUCACUCUUCUCGGAUGUAUGUGGGAACACUUGACCGGAGGAUUCGCAAGUCUCUCUCGUGCGAAGAAGAUUCUCGAAUGUUUCUGGAGAUUCAGUUAUUAUACAUUCGCAUUUCUCUACGGAUUGUAUGUAAUGAUUGAUGCUUCAUGGUUGUAUGAUGUCAAACAGUGUUGGAUAGGUUAUCCUUUCCAUCCCGUGCCGGAUACAAUUUGGUGGUAUUACAUGAUCGAAACUGGAUUCUACUACUCCCUUCUCAUCGCUUCUUCAUUCGAUGUCCGUCGUUCAGAUUUCUGGCAAUUAAUGGUUCAUCAUGUUAUAACAAUCUUCCUUCUCUCUUCCAGUUGGACUAUAAACUUUGUUAGAGUGGGAACCCUGAUUCUCCUAUCUCACGAUAUCUCGGACGUCUUCUUGGAGGGUGGAAAACUGGUUCGAUACGAUGCUCACAACAAGAAUAUGACCAAUUUCAUGUUCGUUCUCUUCUUCACUUCGUGGGUUCUCACUCGUUUGAUCUACUAUCCAUUCAUUGUGAUUCGAUCGGCUGUCACUGAAGCAGCCGCAUUGAUUCAACCCGAUUAUGUCAUUUGGGAUCUCGGAUUGAGCCCUCCAUACGCUCCUCGUCUCAUCGUGUUCGCCCUCAUCGCCCUCUUCUUCCUUCACAUUUUCUGGACAUUCAUCAUUCUUCGUAUCGCCUACCGUACCACUACUGGAGGACAAGCGAAGGACGUCAGAUCGGAUUCAGAUUCAGAUUACGAUGAAGAGGAAAUGGCGAGAAGAGAGAAGAGAAGACUUCUUAAGAAGAAGAAGAAGAAUAAGGUGUCUCCAAGUACCGACGACGACGAUGAAGAGGAGGAAGAAGCGAAGAAUGACGGGAAGGCACGUCAUCGUAGAGCUCCUCGCAGGGAAUGA